CUGGACUAUGAGCUCUUUCAGAACACGUUCACACGUUGCAAAUAACACGCAUUUACAAUGAUUUGUAUUUUACUUGUUGCAGGCCACGGUACUGUUUUAGAGACGCAGAUUAAGAAUGAUGUCACAGGCUUGUACACACAACUGGCUGGGGUGCCAAAAGCAUUGCUACCUGGUGUUGGGGGAAAGAAAAUCCUAGACUUCUGGUGGGAAACUGUCAACACGCGACAACUCUUCAGUGAAGUCUAUUUGGUUACAAAUGCAGAUAAGUACAAACAUUAUGAGCGGUGGGCGACCGCCAAUGACUUUCCAGUGGAGAACGUGGUUAAUGAUGGUAGCACCACUUUGGAGGAUCGGCUUGGGGCCGUUGCUGACUUGGAGCUGGCUAUCCGAAGCCGUCAUCUUCAAGAUGACAUCAUGGUGAUUGCAGGAGACAUGCUUUGUUCUGACCAGAACUUUGACAUUGCUCAAGUUAUUCGUUUUUUUAGGUCCAAGUCUGGAGAGCUGGCUAUUUAUUAUGAGCUAGAGGAAGGUGAGAAAUGUUACACCAGAGGCAUUGUAGAAGUUUGUCCAGAUUCUCAUAGAAUAAAGCGUUUCCUUGAGAAACCACAGGAGGGCGUCACGGCAUCUCGUCUGGCCAGUGUGGUCUUCUACUGCCUCCGCAAAGAGACGCUAUCUUACCUCUCAGACUUCCUGCUCAAGCAGCCGGAUGUGGAAUACAGGACGUUCGGCAGGUUUUGGGAAUGGCUUAUAAAUGAAGAACAAUUUCCUGUGUAUGGAAUGAAGCUGCCCACAGGGUUCCAGUUAAUUGGACAAGUGGGUCUGUCUGACUACACAAAAUGGCUUGCACACUACUCAACUAAACAGCAGGAGCUUCCAGCGAAACCAAUCACAUUCCGCUCCUAUGCUAGGGUAGGGUUGAUGGGAAAUCCCUCUGACGGCUUCAAUGGCAAAACCAUUGCUAUGACCAUCUCUAAUUUCUGGGCCGAAGUGACAUUAAUAGAAAGCCAAUCUCUGGUCCUUCUUCCUCAUCCACUGAAUGAUCCCACUGAGUUCGGCAGCCUACAGGAUCUGUUUCGCAUCAGCCACAAAGAAGGGUAUUUGGGAGGUCUGAGACUGCUACAGGCCACUUGUAAGAAGUUUUAUCAGUUCUGCUCAAAUCAAGGCAUUGCCCUAACCAAGCAGAAUUUCACUCUUAAAUAUGACACCAACAUUCCACGGCAGGUGGGUCUAGCUGGCAGUAGUGCAAUCGUGUCUGCUACCUUGAAGUGCCUGAUGAAAUUUUACAACCUUACAGAAGAUGAUCUUCCUAAACCAAUCCGAGCCAACUUUAUACUGAAUGUGGAGACUGAUGAGCUCUUUAUCACGGCUGGGCUCCAGGACAGAGUGGUGCAGGUAUAUGAGGGUUUGGUGUACAUGGAUUUUAACAAGCAACUAAUGGACAAGCAAGGUUAUGGGGAGUACAUUACUUUGGAUAUGAGCAGUCUUCCCACAUUUUGGUUAGCUUACUUGGGGGAUCCAAGUGACUCUGGCCGCAUUCACAGUACUGUGAGAGAGCGCUGGUUAAAGGGUGAACCUGAUGUUGUGGAAGCCAUGAAGCGCUUUGCUAAUCUCACAGACCAGGCCCGGGAAGCCUUCGAAUACAAGGACUGGCCCAGACUGGCCCAGCUAAUGGAUGAAAACUUUGAACUGAGACGGUCUGUUUACACUGAAGCCUGUUUGGGCACAGGAAAUCUCAGAAUGGUACAAAUGGCACGACAGUUUGGCUCUGCUGUGAAAUUACCUGGCAGCGGUGGUGCGGUAGUGGGCCUGUGUUCGGAUCCUGACCGAAUGGUGGAGAUGAAGAAAGCAUUCCAGGAGGCUGGCUUUGUUUUCUGCCUGGUUGUGCCUCACAGUCCAUCUUAAUGUAUGAUGUAGAAGUCAUUUUCUAUUGACACCAUAGAACAAAUUAGAUAGCAUUUCUGUGUCUACACACUCUGCUCUCCAGGCUUAAGGAAUGGUAACAUACUAGAGGUCCUUACAUCAUUAGAGUGUAACCCUGGUCACAUAUCAUAGUCAUUGAGCUCCUGCUGCUGUGUGUUUCAGGCCAGACAAACAAUUGUCUAUUUAAAAGUGCUAUCAAUGGCAGCAUUGUACACCCUUCCUGUCCCUGUGUCUCAGUACAAUAAUGGCCAUAGACUCAUAACCAAAAUGUUUGUUGGAAGGAGUGCAGUGUAAUUUUUAUGAAAGCAGUCAUGUUUUUUUUAUGUAUAAUAAAUUUGAAACCUAAGAGUUGCAUUAAUGGUUAGCAGAGCAGGCUUUUUUGAACAGCAAGCUCUGAUACUGUAAUUAGCUGGAAAUGUUAAUUAUAGUGUAAAAUGACAGAGGAUAUAAUAAUAACAAUUAUACACUAAUGCACUUUUACACAAAUUUAUUAAAAGGUGCUUCCAUAUAAAAAUUCUGAUCUGAUUAAUCAUGUGUUUAAAUUAUUUACCGUGCAAUGUAUUUUUUUUGCGAGAUGAUAUGAUAUUUUUGUGAUAUUUAGCAAAUACACUAAUUGUAUUUCACAGUAUUUAAUUUGGGUGACAGGGUUGUACUUUCAGUUGCUCAACAUUGCAGUGUCAUGGAACUUAUUUUUCUUCAUACUAAGAUAAGAUCUUGUUUCAUACCCUAUUUCAUGAAUGAAGACAAGAAUGCACAAAUAAAGCAUGUGCACAAAUAAAGCAUAAAGUCAG